GUUGAUCCAGUGUCCCGGGCAGGACUUAAACCCAGUGUCCGUGUGAGCUGCCAUGACCUGGCGGCUUUAAGUGCUCAGCUGUGCCCAGGCAGGUGUGGAGCCCGGUGCGUGUGUGUGUCAGUGUGUGUGUGUGUGUGUGUCUGGACAGAUGAGCUGAGCGUGUACCUGCAGGCUGCAGCCACAGCUCGAGCAGCAGAACACGCCCUGCCAGAGGAGAAGGUGGACGCACACACUUUACCUGCAGAGAACAAGCGCUGCCCCGAUGCUCCUCCGCGGGCCCGCAGCUCCACCGGACACCUACCCAAUGAGACCAGGACUUUCCCCCCGCACACGUCUUCUCCUCCCCGGGAGCGUUUCAACCCGCGCCUGCUGCUCGGAUCACCUGGAGGUCCUGCGGGGCUCCGCACGAAGAUAAGGCGGCUUCCUGCAGCGGUUCACAGCGUCGAUCCGGCGCCUGGUCCCGGGCACCAUGAGCAGGAAGACGCGGCGCUGGAUCCUAAAUUUUUUCCUGUGCCUCGGAGUAGUGUACCUGAAGAUCGGGGGUCUGUCCUCGGUGGUGGCGCUGGGAGCGAGCAUCAUCUGUAAUAAGAUCCCGGGCCUGGCCCCUCGUCAGCGGACUAUCUGUCAGAGCCGGCCCGACGCCAUCAUCGUGAUCGGAGAGGGGGUUCAGAUGGGCAUCAACGAGUGUCAGUUCCAGUUCAGACACGGGCGAUGGAACUGCUCGGCCCUGGGAGAGAGGACCGUGUUCGGCAAAGAGCUCAGAGUGGGCAGUAAGGAGGCAGCGUUCACGUACGCCAUUAUCGCUGCCGGGGUGGCCCAUGCCAUCACUGCGGCCUGCACCCAGGGCAGUCUGAGUGGCUGCGGCUGUGACAAGGACAAGCAGGGUUUCUACAACCAGGAGGAGGGCUGGAAGUGGGGCGGCUGCUCAGCGGACGUCCACUACGGCGUGGGUUUCUCCAAGGUGUUUGUGGACGCACGGGAAAUUAAGCAGAACGCCAGGACGCUCAUGAAUUUACAUAACAAUGAAGUGGGACGCAAGGUCCUGGAGAAGGGAAUGCGUCUGGAGUGCAAGUGUCACGGCGUGUCGGGGUCUUGCACCACCAAAACCUGCUGGACGACGCUCCCCAAGUUCCGUCAGCUGGGAUACAUUCUCAAGGACAAGUACAACCAGGCCAUACAUGUGGAGCCGGUGCGAGCCAGCCGCAACAAGCGCCCCACCUUCCUGAAGAUCAAGAAACCCCAUUCCUACCGUAAGCCCCUGGACACGGAGCUGGUCUACAUCGAGAGGUCGCCCAACUACUGCGAGGCCGACCUGCUGACCGGCAGCAUGGGGACGCAGGGUCGCCUGUGCAACAAGACCGUCCUGCAGCCCAACAGCUGCGACCUGAUGUGCUGCGGCCGCGGGUACAACACGCACCAGUACUCGCGCGUGUGGCAGUGCAACUGCAAGUUCCUGUGGUGCUGCUACGUCAGAUGCAACACCUGCAGUGAGAGGACAGAGGUGUAUACCUGUAAAUAGAGAUAUUUAUUGGACAAGUAUUCACCCGAAGCGAUGCCUCUAACUUAAGUUGAUGAUACGGACGUCAGUCAUCAAACUGGACUCCACCUGUGGGCUCAUACUUUUAUUUCUAUUUUUCAUAAUGCCACGUCAUGCUCCAGGCUUGUUGAUCUGCCAACCACACUGUUCUAUUGGCUCGACUCACCUCAGACUGAUGGCUUGACUGACUUUAUCUUUUUCUAGACUAAUAAUUUAUUCAGUGAGAAAACUACUGAUAAUUUUUUUUUUUAUUUCACUGUCAGCUAAAUCUGGUGGCGUUUUAGGCUGGUGUAGAUGCCUGGCAUUUUAUUUAGAAAAUAUCCAAGUGCACUUAAGAGCAAUAAUAAUUUUGUUUUCUUUUUUUUGUACAAGACAAUUUAAACACUGGAGCUGAAACCUGAAAGAGUCAGGUCUGAACCUGACUGACAGAUUUGGGAACCUGCCGCUUGCGUGCAUUAAACCCUGCAGAGGAAGAUGAAACUACUGAUUCUGGACUCGGUCUGAUAGUAUUGUUUUGUGCUUGUUUGUUUCCCCUUCCCCUCCAGUCUGCUGCUAGUUGUCUGGAAACUUCUGGAGUUUGUGACGAGCAGACAUAUUGACUCUUCAGGCGUAGUUGACACCACCAGGAGCAAACGUCUGAGCUUCAGACAUACAUUUCCUUCAAUGUUGGUCGAUAGAAUAUAUUUUGUAAGAGAUUAUUUUUAUAUAAAGAUUGUUUUAUUUAUUUUCUGUCUCUGUGUAAGAUAUUUCCCCUUCAGCAUUUCUCCACCCACUGAAACACUGUUUUGAAAUGUGCCUCAGCAGAAGAAUAUAAUGAUGUCACAUUGAGAUGUGCAGUAUUGUGAUAAUGUAACUUGUUUCAGGAAGCAUCACACUUUGCCUUCCAACCUACUGAGAGCCAAAGUACCACUGUCCCCUCCUGGCUGGACACUGGUCCAUAAUAGAUAGAUAGAUAGAUAGAUAGAUGUACCUUAUUGAUCACAAAUUGGGAAAUGAUGGAACAUUAGUUUCUGAGUCAUUGCAUCUCCUGCAGUGUAUUUCAUGUUUUUGGAGUUUACUCUCUACAUUAUGAGAUCAACCAGUUUCCACGAACGACAAAGUGCUUUCUCCCUUAUCUAUACCAGCACCGACCCUGUCAUCUUCGGAUGAGCUGCUAACUUUGAACCGACAGUGGUUUCAUAUGGCGUUAAAGGAUGAUUAAAUAAGAAUAAAAAUAAUAAAUGAGCAUAAAUGCAUAUUUGAAUCCGUUCACAAUUGGCAUCGCAGUGCGUCUCAUGAACAGAUUGUUUCUAGAUAUGAUUUUAACCCUGAUUGCAUUUAUACCUGGCAUUAAAGCCUGGUUAAGUAAUCCUAGAAGAGCUAGCAAGAGCAGGCUGCAGAAAAAUGCAACAAUACAUUCCACCGCCUCCCAUUAGCUAAGCCCACAAAGCACAUGAACGUGCACUGACUGACAACUGCUCGAAGUGACUCACUGGCCGCUGGCUAACAUCUUUGCGUCAGCGCAGUACGUUUCUCGACAGAAGACUCCAGUUAUGUGAAGUGAGUUCACUGGUAGGCAUAUGGGUUAGUGACUGACAGGUACACCAACCAACCAUUUUGUUCAGAGGGCCACAGAAACUUUAUCUAUUGAUGCUAUCAGGACAUCGAGGAUUCCAACAUAUACAAUUUACCAACCACUUGUCAAAUGUGUAUCUCCUAAUUGAGAUGUGACUGAUUUCGAAUGCUUUGUCAAUCAUGACGUCCUUCUCAUUUAUGCACUGGUCCAAAAGACAAACAAAAAAAGUAUGUUAUUGUGUUUGCUGGUUUUUGCUGGUACCUUGCUUGUUUGGAAUAGUAUUUCUGCCUUUGUAGUUGCUCCAUAUGGAUCGACAACACAUUUACAGGUGAGGUGGUUUCCUCUGACUUUUCCCACAUAUUCAGUCAGAUGAAUUGAAAGGCGCUACAUGUUUCAGAGCUGGACAAUAAUCCAAACAUGAUGAUAGGAUUACUAGAGGAACACAACCUGGAAGUUGGACUCUGGCUGUGUGUGAGACUUGACGUUUGCUACCAUGCUCCCAACUAUGAAAUAGCCUUUGAAACAAUCUGAGGUACAUUGAAAGGACUGUCAGGUUAUAAUAGAUACAAGUGUAAAAUGCCUUCAUCAACACAUGAUUCUAGUUGUAGAAACUAUGCUGUUUAUUCACAGUAUUUGGUUAUUAAUAAAAUAAUUCCCUGUGAACUCAACUGUCACUCAACCCUGCAUGGUUACAGCUUUGUCUUGUGUGUGACUGAAUUAAUGAAAUCAUAUCAAAGCUGAAAUAUUCUUACAUCAGAAGUUAUUUUCAUGUAGAACCACACUGUCUUUUCAUUUGUUCUUGUUUAAUAAAU